CCUUUUUUUUUAUUUUUCAGAAAUGGAAUACUGUGAGUCUCCGCACAUUUUAUGUUCUGGCUUCCAGACAAACCUUCACAGUACUGCUCAGCAUAGCUAUCCACUAGAGAUGGGUUCUGAUGCAGAUACAGAAACAGAAGGAGCAACUUCACCAGAUCGUGCCCUUAGAAUGUGGAUGAGGGAGAUGAAAUCAGAGCACAGCUCGUGCUUGUCAAGUAGAGCCAACUCUGCAUUGUCCCUAACUGAUACAGACCAUGACAGGAAAUCUGAUGGGGAGAAUGACUGGACUAGACUAUUAGACUGUGGGACCUGUACACCAAAAAAGAUUCCCGGAAGCCCAAGAAACCAGUUUACAUUCAGGCCCCUACCUCCUCCGCCGCCACCACCACAUGCUUGCACCUGCAGCCGGCAGACUUCACAGACACUGGAUACUCUCCAGAGAAGUUCUAUGACAUCUCGCAGUCAGCCAAGUCCAGCUGUUUCCAACCCACCCACAAGUACUCAAGAUUCUGUACACCUGCAUAACAGCUGGGUCUUAAACAGCAACAUACCACUGGAGACCAGGCAUUUCCUCUUCAAGCAUGGAUCUGGUACUUCUCCCAUCUUCAGUGCUGCCAGUCAGAACUACCCUCUGACUUCAAAUACAGUGUACUCUCCUCCUCCAAGACCUCUGCCCAGGAGCACUUUCUCCAGGCCUGCCUUCACCUUCAACAAAUCAUAUCGUUGUUGUAACUGGAAAUGUACUGCCUUGAGUGCUACAGCAAUUACAGUAACAUUAGCCCUGCUGCUAGCCUACGUUAUUGCAGUUCACUUGUUUGGUUUAACUUGGCAACUGCAACCAGUCGAGAGUGAGCUUUAUGAGAAUGGUGUCAGCAAAGGAAGCAGAGGAGAGGAAUCCAUGGAUACCACAUACUCACCUCUUGGAGGAAAGAUGUCUGAUAAAGAAGAGAAAAAAGUUUAUCAAAAAGGAAGAGCGAUAGACUCUGGCGAAGUGGAAAUAGGAAAACAGAUUGUGAAGAUAAUCCCACCUGCUUUGUUCUGGCGAUUCCAGAUUACAAUUCACCAUCCUAUGUAUUUAAAAUUUAAUGUCUCAUUUUCAAAAGAUUCCCUUCUUGGUAUAUAUGGAAAAAGAAACAUCCCACCAACACACACACAAUUUGAUUUUGUAAAGUUGAUGGAUGGAAAGCACUUGAUAAAGCAAGAACCAAAAAAUGCAGAAAACCCACAGCACGCACCUCGGAGUCUAGUCCUCGCUUCCUUACAAGAGACAGGCUUCAUUGAAUACAUGGAUCAAGGUGCUUGGCAUUUAGCGUUUUACAAUGAUGGGAAGAAGAUGGAACAAGUUUUUGUUCUAACAACGGCAAUAGAAAUGAUGGAUGAUUGCUCAACUAACUGUAAUGGAAAUGGAGAAUGCAUAUCUGGGCAUUGUCAUUGCUUUCCGGGAUUUUUGGGACCAGACUGCUCUAGAGAUUCGUGCCCUGUUUUAUGCAGUGGCAAUGGCGAAUAUGAGAAAGGACACUGUGUGUGCAGGACUGGGUGGAAAGGCGCGGAAUGUGAUGUCCCAGAGGAACAGUGUAUUGACCCCACCUGCUCUGGUGGUCAUGGCACAUGUAUCAUGGGGAUCUGUAUUUGUGUUCCAGGAUACAAAGGAGAGAUAUGUGAAGAAGAGAAUUGCCUGGAUCCAACAUGUUCUGACCACGGAGUGUGUGUACAUGGGGAAUGCCACUGCACUGCAGGCUGGGGAGGUGUAAACUGUGAGAAUGCCUUGGCCUUGUGUCAGGAGCAGUGCUCAGGUCAUGGGACAUUCCUGAUGGACAGUGGUAUCUGCAGCUGUGAGCCACAGUGGACCGGAGCAGACUGCUCUACAGAACUGUGCACAGUGGACUGUGGAAGUCAUGGUGUGUGCUCAGGGGGUGUCUGUCAAUGUGAAGAUGGCUGGGGAGGAGCCAGCUGUGAAGAACGCACGUGUCACCCAAACUGUGCUGAACAUGGACAGUGCAAAGAUGGAAAAUGUGAAUGCAGCCCAGGAUGGGAGGGGGAGCAGUGCACCAUUGCUCACUAUCUGGAUGCUGUAAGAGAUGGCUGCCCGGGUCUGUGUUAUGGCAAUGGGAGAUGCACACUUGACCAGAAUGGUUGGCACUGUGUAUGUCAAGUUGGCUGGAGUGGAGUAGGGUGUAAUGUUAUCAUGGAAAUGGCUUGUGCUGAUAACUUGGACAAUGACUCAGAUGGUCUGACAGAUUGUGUAGAUCCUGAUUGCUGCCAGCAAGCCAAUUGCUUCUCCAGCCCUCUCUGUCAAGGUUCACCUGACCCAUUAGACCUCAUCCAGCAAAGCCAGCCACCCUUCUCCCAGCAUCCUCCGAGACUCUUCUAUGACAGAAUUAGAUUUCUUAUUGGCAAGGACGGUACUCAUGUCAUUCCUGGAGAAAUCAGUCUUGACAGCAGCCGUGCCUGCGUGGUUCGUGGCCAGGUGAUUGCUGUAGAUGGGACAUCACUUGUGGGUGUCAAUGUCAGCUUUGCACAUCAUAACGAUUAUGGAUAUACCAUCAGCCGUCAAGAUGGAAGUUUUGACCUUGUCACUAUUGGUGGUAUCUCAAUCACCCUCCUUUUUGAGAGGUCGCCUUUCGUUACUGUGAAGAGAACAUUGUGGUUGCCCUGGAACAAAUUUGUUGUUGUGGAGAAAGUGGUAAUGCAGAGGUCAGAGAUGGAGUCCCCAUUAUGUGACAUGAGCAGUUUUAUCAACCCAAAUCCAAUUGUUCUUUCUUCACCAUUAACAAAAUUUGCCGGAUCAUGUGCACAACGAGGAAUAGUCAUCCCUGAACUGCAGGUGGUACAAGAAGAAAUUCCAGUUCCAUCUAGUUUUCUUAAAGUAAGCUAUCUGAGCAGCCGAACCCUUGGAUACAAGAGUCUUAUACAUAUUAUCCUCACCCACGCAACUAUCCCUAUUGGUCUAAGCAAAGUACAUCUGACUGUGGCAGUGGAAGGACGACUUGUACAGAAAUGGUUUCCUGCUGAUAUCAACCUGUUUCAUACCUUUGCCUGGAACAAGACAGAUAUUUAUGGGCAAAAAGUAUCGGGUUUAGCUGAAGCACUAGUAUCUGUUGGAUAUGAGUAUGAGUCAUGCCCUGAUCUUGUGCUGUGGGAAAAGAGGACAGUCACCUUGCAAGGCUUUGAGAUGGAUGCUUCAAACCUUGGAGGAUGGACCUUCAAUAAACAUCAUAUACUAAAUUCUCAGAAUGGAAUUUUGUACAAAGGAGAUGGAGAAAACAUAUUCAUAUCUCAGCAGCCUCCUGUGAUCUCUACACUAAUGGGAAAUGGUCAGCAGCGAAGCCUCACCUGUUCCUCUUGUAAUGGACCUGUUCAUAAUAACAAACUCUUUGCUCCUGUUGCCAUGGCAACUGGACCUGAUGGUAGCAUCUAUGUUGGAGAUUUCAAUUUUGUGAGAAGAAUAUACUCAUCUGGAAAUGUCAUCAGCAUUUUAGAGCUCAGAAACAGAGAUACAAGACACAGUACUAGCCCUGCUCACAAGUAUUAUCUCACUGUGGAUCCUUCCUCCGAGUCUGUUUACCUUUCUGACACUAAUACCAGGAAAGUUUACAGAGUGAAAUCUCUUACUGAUGUUAAGGAAUUGGCAAAGAACUUUGAAGUGGUAGCGGGCACAGGGGACCAAUGCCUCCCAUUUGAUCAGAGUCACUGCGGGGAUGGUGAGAAAGCAAAUGAAGCAUCACUCAACAGCCCAAGAGGUAUAACUGUUGAUGCACAUGGGUUCAUUUAUUUUGUGGAUGGUACCAUGAUUCGGAAGAUUGAUGACAGAGGCAUAAUUUCAACAGUUAUAGGACUCAAUGGUUUAACCUCAACUCAACCCUUAAGCUGUGACUCAGGGAUGGACAUCAGCCGGGUUCGACUAGAAUGGCCUACUGAUCUAGCAGUCAAUCCUAUGGAUAAUUCAUUAUAUGUUUUGGACAAUAAUAUUGUGCUCCAAAUUUCUGAUAAUAAUCAAGUAAGAAUUAUUGCUGGCAGGCCAAUUCACUGCCAGGUUCCUGGAAUAGAUUAUUUCCUGGUUAGCAAAGUAGCGAUUCACUCUACCUUGGAAUCUGCUCGAGCCAUUGCUGUGUCGCACAGUGGAACCUUGUACAUUGCUGAAACAGAUGAGAGGAAGAUUAACAGAAUACAGCAAGUCACCACAAAUGGAGAAAUGUCCACAUUAGUUGGGGCCCCAACAGACUGUGACUGUAAGAUUGAUCCAAACUGUGACUGCUUUUCAGGUGAUGGUGGAUUUGCAAAAGAUGCCAGGCUAAAAGCACCCUCUUCAUUAGCUGUAUCUCCAGAUGGUACACUGUACAUAGCUGAUCUUGGCAACGUACGCAUCCGAGCAGUCACUAGGAACAAGCCGCAUCUGAAUACCAUGAAUAUGUAUGAGGUUGCCUCUCCAGCAGACCAAGAAUUGUAUCAGUUCAGUACCAAUGGGACACAUCUUCACACUUUAAACCUUAUAACUAGGGACUAUGUGUACAAUUUCACAUACAAUGGUGAUGGGGAUGUCAUCUCCAUCACUAGCAGCAAUGGCAAUUCAGUACAUGUACGAAGAGAUGCUGGAGGUAUGCCAUUAUGGUUGGUGGUCCCUGGAGGUCAGGUGUACUGGCUUACCAUCAGUAGCAAUGGUGUGUUAAAAAGGAUAUCAGCCCAAGGAUAUAACCUAGCACUGAUGACAUAUCAUGGCAAUACAGGACUACUGGCCACCAAAAGCAAUGAGAAUGGUUGGACGACUCUAUAUCGGUAUGACCCCGAAGGACAUUUAACAAACGCAACCUUUCCAACUGGAGAAGUCAGCAGUUUUUACAGUGAUAUGGAAAAAUCUACUCGAGUUGAGCUAGACACUUCAAACAAAGAAAAUGUUAUCACCACCACCAAUAUAUCUGCAACAAGCAUUGUCUACGCAUUAAAACAAGAAAACACUGUUAACACCUAUCGUGUUAAUCCUGAUGGCUCUCUGCGGGUGACCUUUGCCAGUGGAAUGGAAAUCAGUCUAAAUGCAGAACCCCACAUAUUAGCAGGAGUGGUCAGUCCAACAUUGGGGAAAUGUAAUAUCUCACUACCUGGGGAGCACAGCCCAAAUCUUAUUGAGUGGCGACAACGCAAGGAGCAGAACAAAGGCAAUAUCUCCUCUUUCGAAAGACGCUUAAGGGCUCAUAACCGAAACUUACUAUCCAUUGAUUUUGAUCACAUCACCAGAACAGGAAAAAUCUAUGAUGAUCAUCGAAAAUUUACUCUUAGAAUUAUGUAUGAUAAGACUGGGCAUCCAAUACUGUGGUCACCAAGCAGCAAGUACCAUGAAGUUAACAUCACAUAUUCACCUAGUGGACUUGUUACGUCUAUUCAAAGGGGAACAUGGUCUGAGAAAAUAGAGUAUGACCAAAAUGGGAAGAUGGUUUCCAGGAUUUGGGCCAAUGGUAAAAUAUGGAGUUAUACAUAUGAGGAAAAGACAAUAAGCCUUUUUCUGCAUAGCCAGAGGCGAUACAUUUUUGAAUACGAUCAUUCAGAUUUCCUUGCUUCAGUAACCAUGCCCAACAUGGUCCGCCAUAGUCUGCAGACAAUGCUCUCUGUUGGUUAUUACCGCAAUAUCUACACUCCACCUGACAACAGUGGCCCUUUCAUUCAAGAUUAUACUGGAGAUGGACGCCUUCUACAGACAUUACACCUUGGAACAGGACGUAGAGUCUUCUACAAAUACACUAAGCAAACAAGGCUCUCUGAAAUUCUUUAUGAUACCACACAGGUUACAUUCACCUAUGAAGAAUCAUCUGGAGUCAUUAAAACGAUUCAUCUGAUACAUGAGGGCUUUGUUUGUACUAUUAGAUAUAGACAGACAGGACCUCUCAUUGGACGUCAGAUCUUUAGGUUCAGUGAAGAAGGUCUUGUUAAUGCCCGGUUUGACUACAGCUAUAACAAUUUCCGAGUCACCAGUAUGCAAGCCAUGAUAAAUGAGAUCCCUCUUCCCAUAGACCUAUAUCGUUAUGUUGAUGUCUCAGGGAGAACUGAACAAUUUGGAAAAUUCAGUGUAAUCAAUUAUGAUCUCAACCAAGUCAUCACAACGUCAAUGAUGAAACAUACUAAAAUCUUUAGUGCCAGUGGACAAGUCAUUGAGGUUCAAUAUGAGAUCCUAAAGGCUAUUGCUUACUGGAUGACUAUUCAGUAUGAUAACAUGGGUCGGAUGGUUAUGUGUGGCAUACGAAUAGGUGUAGAUGCCAAUUUAACAAGAUAUUCUUAUGAAUAUGAUCCCGAUGCCCAGCUUCAGGCUGUAUCUGUUAAUGAUAAGCUGCAGUGGCGUUACAGCUAUGAUCUAAAUGGAAACAUCAACUUGCUUAGCCAUGGGAAUACUGUUCGUCUGACCCCACUAAGGUAUGACAUUGGAGAUCGCAUUACUCGUCUGGGAGAAAUUCAGUACAGGAUGGAUGAAGAUGGGUUUCUCAGACAAAGAGGCAAUGAUAUAUUCGAGUACAAUUCUAAUGGUCUUCUGAGCCGAGCUUAUAACAAAGUUGCUGGUUGGAAUGUACACUACCGUUAUGAUGGACUUGGAAGACGUGUUGCCAGCAAGUCAAGUACAGGUUCUCAUCUGCAGUUCUUUUAUGCAGAUCUAGCCAAUCCAAUAAGAGUUACCCAUCUCUAUAAUCACACUAGUUCUGAGAUAACAUCACUCUAUUAUGAUCUUCAAGGUCAUCUUAUCGCUAUGGAGUUAAGCAGUGGCGAGGAGUAUUAUGUUGCAUGUGACAACACAGGAACCCCUCUUGCAGUAUUCAGCAGUCGUGGCCAAAUAUUAAAAGAAAUCUUAUACACACCAUACGGUGACAUCUAUGAGGACACUAAUCAAGAUUUUGAGGUUAUCACUGGGUUUUAUGGUGGACUGUAUGACUCCUUGACUAAACUAGUGCACCUUGGUCAGCGGGAUUAUGAUGUUGUGGCAGGGCGGUGGGCCACACCCAAUCACAAUAUUUGGAAUAAAUUAAACAUUGAACCAAGGCCAUUUAACUUGUAUGCAUUUGAAAACAACUAUCCAGUUGGCAAGACCCAGGAUGUAGCACAAUAUACUACAGACAUUGGAAGUUGGCUGGAGCUGUUUGGUUUUCAACUGCACAAUGUGCUGCCCGGAUUCCCAAAACCAGAGAAAAAGGGCUUUGAAUCAUCUUAUGAGUUAAUGCAACUUCAAACUAAAACUCAGGAAUGGGAUCCUGGAAAGACAAUCCUCGGUAUCCAGUGUGAGCUACAAAAGCAGCUGAGAAACUUCAUUUCUUUAGACCAACUACCAAUGGCUCCAAAACAAAAUAGAAAGAAGUACCAUGGAACUAGGAAAUACCCCAGAUUUGCUGCUGUUCCAUCUUUAUUUGGAAAAGGUAUCAAGUUUGCCAUUAAAGAUGGAGUAGUGACCGCUGAUGUCAUAGGAGUGGCUAACGAAGACAGCCGCCGCAUUGCUGCCAUCUUAAAUAAUGCCCAUUACCUAGAGAACUUGCAUUUUACAAUUGAAGGCCGGGAUACUCAUUACUUCAUUAAGUUGGGUUCUCUAGAAGAAGACUUGUCUGUCAUUGGGAACAGUGGCAGUGGUCGCAUUCUGGAAAAUGGAGUAAAUGUCACUGUGUCUCAAAUGACGUCAAUGGUCAAUGGAAGAACUAGACGAUUUGCUGAUAUACAGCUUCAGCAUGGCACAUUGUCUUUUAAUGUCCGCUAUGGAACAACCAUUGAAGAAGAGGAGGAUCAUGUCCUGGAAUUGGCCAGACAAAGAGCAGUGGUUCAGGCUUGGACUAAGGAGCAGAAGCGGCUUCAGGAAGGGGAGGAAGGAAUAAGAUUGUGGACAGAAGCAGAGAAACAGCAGCUUUUAAGCACAGGGAAGGUUCAAGGCUAUGACGGAUAUUUUGUUCAUUCAGUGGAUCAGUAUCUAGAACUUUCUGAUAGUGCCAACAACAUUCACUUCAUGAGACAGAGUGAAGUAGGCAGGAGGUAACAAAAAAAAGAAAAGACACUCUAUGCCUUUGCGUCACCAAAGACUGCCUGUUUUUAAAACAUAAAAUGGUUUAUUGUAAUGAUUUUCUAGAUGAGAUCUCUGUAUAUGUAAAUAUAAAGUAAACAUAUCCAACUGCCUUUAAAUGUGACAAAAGAUGGUAUUUUAAUAUUGUUAGUUUUAACAAUGUUAUCCUUGAUGGCAUUGGUGAGGUCUUUUUUUUACCACAAUGCUGAGCGAUGUGUUUAAAGUGCAUCUGUCUCCUAUACAAAGUAGUGGUAGGCAUUUUGUUUGAGAAUGAAGCCUAUUUGAUUGCAAAAAACAGUAGUGAUAAUGCAGUUUUACCAUUUCCUGUCAUAAUAAUUGGCUACAUUCUCUUGAAUAUUUGUAAAGCAGAAUUGCCGCCACUAUUUUGAGUAGGCCACAAGUACAUUUUAAGGCCUCUCAAAUGCUUAUGGGAUUUAAAAAUUACAGUACAGCUUCUUAUAUCUUGUGUGGCGGUAUUCAGCAUUUUCGCUUGCAUAUUAACCACUACAAAGUUGCCACUCUUUUCUGGAAACUAGAGCUUAUGUGAUGAAAUAGCUUCUAGACAAAAAGAAUCUACCUAAAGAGUAUUAGUACGUAUAUGAGAAAAAAAUGUGUAAUAUGGAAUCCUGUCAUUGUUUCUUAUUUUUUCAUAAAUUAACAUUCUUUCAAAAUAAAAAAAAUAAACUGUUGUGAGUUAUGUAUACAUGUAUAUUGGUGUUAACAGAAGCUAGUGUCUACACAAUUAAGACGGUAUGUUUUUAAAAGUAGGAAAUACAUGUAAACAAUGCUUCUCUUCCUAUUUUAGGCUGACUGUGGACAUGAAACAGUUCUUAGAUUGUGUAUAUGUGAUCCCAGCAAAGGAAAUAUGUAUUUAUUAAUAAUAUGUAUGCUUGUAUUUCAAAAGCAUGCAUGUCUCUGUCCUCACCAGACAUAUGGAUCUGCUGCACUAUCAUAAGGGAAGAGCAAUGAACA